GGGAAGAGUCGGUGAAAUAAGACGAUACGAGACUGGGUGUCUGAAUAUCUGUCUGAAUGUCUGUGUCUCUAAACCCCGGGACAAAGCGGGAAAGGGUCGGAGAGACGGGGUGUCCGAAUAUCUGUUGAAUAGCCUAUUCAACUUGAAACAAACUUCACCUCGGUCGACUUUCCGGUUUUCCACGCAGUGGAUAAUAUGAUGAGAAUUCCUUGAUAAUUGUGUAUUUCGUCCCAUAUUCACUGUACUGACGCAAUAGCUGCGACUGGAGUAACACGGACUUGACGUGCGGAACACUGUGAGGUUUAAGGAAGCAGGGAAUCAGUGGUCAUAGCGACAAGUACCCCACAGUUGACAAGAAAGCUUUAAUGGACCAUAUCGUCAUCGGACUGGAUUAUAACCGUACUACUGAUUCAGUCUUGUCCUGUAUAAGCACAUGGAUAUUAAUGUACGAUUUUUCUAUUUGGUGACGAAACUGACCACGAAUCCACAUUGCUUGGUUUUUGGCGUUUUUUGUUAAUGAUAAAACCAAACAUGCUUGUAAUUCUGGAACAGGCUACCAUAAUAAUGUGUUGUGCAAUAAUUCUUAUUGAAUAAAUCUCUGAAGCUUAUUACAUCAUUCAUAUUUAAUUUUACGUGUACAGCUGAAAUUAUAUAAGUGCAGCCUACGGCUAGGUAGUAAUACAUACGACCGACGAUAAGCAAAAUUUAGUUUAUCGUAAGCGACUCCUUAGAAUUCCUCAGGUUUCUUGCGCACAUCGGUGAAGUUGUUAGUUUGGUACUUCCUUAAAGUUUUAUCACCUAAAUCUGUGCUUGUACCGCUCAGAAUAUACGUAUCAGAUGGCGGCGCCGUUGAGUAUAUCUCCGCUAUAUUUAAUCUAUCAAAACAAGAAAUGGUUAAUAGCCUAGACGACCCUCUUUGACCACACGACAUAUGUGUAGGAAACCGGUUAUACGUGAAACGUGCAAUCGUACCACGUCAGGUAAUGCUCAGUGCUUGUUAACCACCUUAAACGCUCACUGCUGUUUUGUUACAUUGUAGCGGAAAGAAUGUCGGAAAGGGCCGAUGAUGACGUCAAACGGGAGCAGCGCAAAGCGACCAGGCAGUCAAGGCAGCAGCAGAUCCAGCAGGGAGAGAGUGUCACAGCAAUGGCGACUGUAGGGGAGCGCAGAUCUCUGCCCAGUCCAGAAAUACUGUUGGGACAGCCCUGGAGCAACUGGGUCGAUGCUGCCAAACUCAACGGGAACGUCGGUACAGAAUCGGAGGAAAGUUUGAAAGAGUGCGGGAAAAAUCGGGAAGCCAUGCGGCUUUGCAGAGACGACAUGCCCAUAUUUGGACAGUGCCCAGCGCAAGACGACUUCUACCUGGUGAUGUGCAGUUGCUGCAGUCAGGUGGUCAAACCACAGGCCUUUCAAGCACAUUACGAGAGAAGACACGGCUCGUCCAGCAAGCACCCGUCGGCCGCGUUCCCCGUGCCCACGUUGGUGUCCCGCCGCAACGGCUCUGCCCCCAACGCCAAAAUACUCAAAACGGCCAAAGAGAAGCUGCCCGCACACCUCAGGGUGCUCCACCACAAACUCCUAUCUCCGUCGGUGAAAGUGGAGAAGAUCCCUCUGAAGGCGUCGGACGGCCACGCCCCCUCAGCCUCGAUCGCCGUAAGCUCGUCGCUGAGGCCCAGCCUUAAUUGCCCCUCCAUACCAAAGGCCCCCCUCCUGCCCCCCGGGCACAUCCCCAACGGGAAAACCCUCCACACCUCUCUGGAGAAGAAACAGGACAACGGCUCCGGCAGCAGGAGGCACCUGCACAAGAAACUGUCCGAGCGCGAAUUCAAUGCAGAUUUCCACUGUGGAGUGUUGGACCUGACUACACGGAAGCCAUGCACAAGAUCACUGACAUGCAAGACGCAUUCCUUAACCCAGCGGAGGGCGGUCCUGGGCCGGAGGAAACGCUUCGACGCGCUGUUGGCGGAUCACAAGGGCCGAGCGAGGGAGAAGGAGCUGCAGUGCAGCGCCGACCCCUCUCGGCAGACCCCGCCUCUCAGGGACGCUAACCCUGCCCCCUGCCCCUCCCCCGUCUCCCACGGCAACAGCACCGCCGACGCCAAGCCUUCUGCGCCGAGCAAACCCAGACCUCACAAUCCAAGUCUUCCACGACCGAACAGCUAUCCCGCACACCUAGGGGGGAACAGUCACACCCAGGAGGACCCCGCCCCGCUCCAGGAGUCUUCCCUCCAAUCCGCACCCACCCCGGACGGGACGUCCCGUCUGUCCAGCGACGAGGGGGAGAAUGAGGAGAGGGAGGAGGACUGCCACUAUUCGGGCUACCACCCUCGGCCUGCUGCUUUCUGCACCUUCGGGAGCCGUCAGUUUGGGAGAAGCUGCUACAUGUUCAGCCGACGAUGGGAUCGGGUUCGACACACCCUCAGCGCCAUGGUAGAGAAGCACAUCAGCUCUCAGAUGUGGAAGAAAAUCCCGCCCGCUACGCAGAACUCCACGCACUCGAUGCCCCACAGAACGAACGCAAACUCGCUGGCCCCGCCCCACCCGAGCACCAGCGGGGGCGGGUUCCUCCCACCCGCCCCCCAGCCGCUGCCUUCAUCCCCCUACUCUCAGUCCCUGGACAGCCGGGCGGUGCUCUCGUACGGGACGACCCUGAGCGCGCGGCCGGACCGCCCCCCCUACAACAGCGCCCAGCCCCGCCCGGGCCCCUCCUGGACCCAGGUCCCUUCCCUGGCCUCCAGCAGGCCCCUGAAGACCAGGCCCAGCGCGAAGCCCUUCAGACCCAGGGAGCCGCCGCCCGCCAACUCUACCGCCAGCCUGGGCGUGGCCAAGAAGAGGAAGAGCAGCUCGCCCACGCACCCCACCGAAUCCUCCUCAUCAUCCACCUCCUCCUCUUCCUUCGUUUCACCAGUGCCGAGGAAGAACUGCGCUCUGAACCCCAGGGGCCCGGGGAGCGCCCGCCCCCUCUCGCUCAUGGCCCCACCCCCCCAUGCCGGGGUCCACCAUGGCCCGGGGCUUGGCUCCGCCCUCAGCCUCAGGCUCGACCAAUCGGGGAGGGGCCCUCCAAUGGGCAGUCCCGCGGAACCAAUCAAGCGCAUGAGCGUGGUGAUGAACAGCAGCGACUCCACCCUCUCUCUGGGGCCCUUCGUGGCGCACGCGCCUGUGGACAGCCUCGAGGGGAAGAGGCGCAAGGGGCCAGGGGCCCCGGGCCCCGGGAGGCCCCUCAAAAUGGCCAAGCUCCCCACACUCAACAACGUCCAUGGCAAGCACAGCCGAAGCAUUCCAGGGUCACAGGGGCUUCCCAACAAUGCCAUUUUACAGCAGCCAAAGGCUCGUCCCUGACAGGGGGUUGUGUGGUUUCCCACAAUUCCGGCCAAAUGACCGCACUGGUUCUCCCUGCUACUCCAAACCAGAGGAGGCCUUGCCUUGCUGUCCCAUGAUCCUCAGGGGCAGAGACCUGUCGGGACAGAGUUGGUAACCGCGGAAUUCCCCGAACAAAGCCAUUCACGUCCACGGCCGGGCAGGUUGCCUUGACAACGGAGACACUACACGUGGGGUCGUCGUCGCCCUUGUCGCAGUAGACUGGAUCGGCUGGCUGGUCUUCCUUUAGAAGGGGAUUGUGUUGUGUGACCUUGCACAGAAGGUGUAAUGGUACAGACUACGAGGCCAGGCAAAUACACACGUGCGCGCGUGCGCACACACACGCACACGCACAGACACACUAUCACACUGGUGAUGAAACACUACCUUCCUUGUAGCACGGACGCAGAAUCACAGAAUCUGUGUUUUAGCAGGUCAGGUUCUGCCGAGCUGAGAUUUUAAAGAGGCUCAACCAUCACUUGAACUCAAGCCUUAGAAAACUGGCUCAAACUAACAGCUAAUUCCCCAUUUUCUACUGGGUCUUACGGUUUAAGCAUAUUUUAUUGCUUAACUUCAACUAUGAAUCUAUGAGUGUCUGUUUGUCUAAGAACACCAAGCUGACUACAGCAGGUUUUUAGGUCAAGUUAUGAAGUUUUAACUAGCACCUGUCUGAAUUAACACCUGUUCAAAGGUUUUCUGAGACCUGUGGUGUUUUAAGGGAUGUUGUGAGACGGAUCUAGAGUGAUUAUAUAAGGGCAUAUGUAGUAGGAGAAAAUGAAAGCCAUCAAUGUAGAAUUUUAGAUUCCACAUGAGUUUUAUGCCUUUGAUAGUGAUGAGUUGCAGUGCUUAUUCCAUCAAACACACACACUCACUGUAACACACACAUACUCACUCACUGACACACACAGGCACACACGCUCCCUCACCAUAGCACGUGCACACAAACACACAUACACACGCUGACGCACGCACACUCUCACUCACCAUAACACACACAUAUACACACACACAGCUCUGAAGACCAAACCAAACUUUUGAAAUAAUGAACAUAGGACCACAUUUGCUGUUUAAUUAUUUUCUGUUCUGAGAGAAGCCCUUUCUUGGCUUGUCUUUACAAACUCUGCCUAACGGUGAAUGUCAGAUCAAAUAAAUAUGAAUAUAGGUACAUUUUUUUUUAACUAGCUAAAAUUAAUUGAAGGCCAUUGAUUUGCUAUAGAUUGUGUCAUCUGGAAACCAACGCCACCCUUAUCGACUACCAGAUAUAUUACUGUGAAUAGUAUUGCCUAAACAAAACACUAUUUUGUACACAGAUUAUGCAAGUUUGUUUAGCUUUUGUUCCUUGCAGCAGGUGAUGUGUAAUGACUGCUGUGGACAGGUCAGGAAUACAUGCAUAUGACCAGUUCAGCUAUACCACAUGUUUUUGCGAUCCAAUCAAAAGCUAUUGCCAGUAAUUAAUCUCAGUUAUUACAAUGCCCUCCAAGAUACCUCUGUCAUACCUUUGACAAUGAUGAGCAAAGAAGGCUGUAAAAUAGAAAAUACAAGUGAUUUUAUGCAAAAUGUACAUAGGGUAAGGAAAAUUAUUUUAAAAUAAUACAAUUCCUCAGAAAAAAAAUAUUGUGCCGAACAAAUAAUAUCUUCUCCCUAAAAGAUGUCACAAUUAUUCAUGCCCUACUAAUUAUUUGAAAUAAAAUCCAACAAAAAUAAAUCUGCAUUCAUAUGCUGCUUUUGACUGUUAACCAGAAUUCUUAAGGAACUGUAUUGUAGCCUCCUGUUUUCCUGGGGUAUGAAAAUGAGGUAACACAUGUAAACCUCAUGUGUCAUCACCAUGUGGAAAGAGGAACAUCGUUCAGCAAGAUAGCGAGUUUGAGAAUACUUUAAAAAUGACCAAAAAAAAGACCUUAAAAAACCACAAAAAGACACUUUUGCAAUGGCCAUGUCAGAAACCAGACUUGAAUGCAAUAUAAAAAAUUGUGGUUUUAAUUGAAGAGGUCAGUCCAUAGAGCACUGACUGAUAGAUCUGAAGGAUCCUGAAAUAUUCUGUAUGGAGGAAUGGUCAAAUACACCCCCUCCCCCCAAAUAUGUUCACCAGUCUCAUCAAAUAAAAUCCUGUAGAAGAUGACUCAUUAGGGACAGUCCACAAUGUACUGAAAACAGGAGUGUGAAUAUUUCUGACAAUUUAUUGGAAAUAAAUUCAUCAUUUCAGAAGUGAUAGUUUGGUUGUUAAAGUAGAAUAUAUUUCAAAUGUAAGAAGAUAAAUAUAUCUCAAUACUUUGAUAAAUUAUUUUAUACUGGCUUUGCUUCUCGUUCAUCAUUAUCAAUGGUGUGAAUAAUUUUGGAGGGCACUGUAUUUGAGAAUUAAAUAUGGGAAGAAAUAGUGUGAUAUGAGAAAGGUAUGAGAAAGGUGCGUGGAUAUGUGGAUUUCUGAAUUUCUGAACUCAUAAGCAACAACUGAGAGAUUCAUGUAGAUUCCAUAUUUUCCUAUUUUAUGACAGUCUGUGCUCAAAAUGUCUCAGUCCACACUUGCCAAGUAAUAAUAAAUAACUCUUAUUGUCUCAGUGGGUCAUCAAUCACCUAAAUAGAUUUUUUAGCUUUCUUGUGCAGUCACUCAUCGAUGAUGUCAUAAUCAGUACCGGUGAGCUCUGAAAUGAGGAAAUCCGCAUAUCUGCUGAACUCUUAUUUUUGAUGAAAUUACCAGUAGAUAGUUGUUUACCAUGUUUACCAUUUUAAGGAAUAUUAAUUUCAGUGCUGAGUGCGACUACUGUUCGCUACUAAGUGCGACUAAUUACCCUCUAUUGUCAGUCACGGAAAAACAAAAGUAUCCAAAACAUGUUUUCUUGGAAAAAUACCUGCAAAACAUGUCCCCUCAGUCAGUCCGAGUAUAGUUAUGGUGGCUGCACAUCGUUAAUGGAUAUGAACGCCACUUUCAAACUUCACUUGUCUUUUGACCUGAAACCCAGACCGAAUUCACAUUUGGUUUUGUCGUUCAGCAUGUUGCUCUCCGGUGGCUGUUGCUGUAGAAAUUGUGAAUCAUUUGCCAAAUAAUACCAAGAAUACAACCCUCUCCCAUUCCCCUGUGAGGAGUCGAGUGUUAGGGCGGUCCAUAGUGCUGAAAGGCGAGGCAGGCAAUACCGUGUAAAACUCUUAAUCUUAAGUCUUAAUUAGUGAGUCUUAAUAAGAACUGACCUUGGGAUAAGUCCACUUCUUCCUCCACUUGAAACAUAUUUUGAGGACUGUUGAAUUUGAAACAUUAGUGGCAAACUUUUAAGGUGGAACCAAAGUUCAGGGGCAGGUAUGAUCCUGCUUCUCUUGUCAUUUCUGUAGAUUUUUCACCCCCUAUUGAUGUCAGGCAGUCAAUGUAGCCACAAAGAGUCAGAUUUCUACCCGUUAUUUUGGCAUUUUCUUCUGUGUAUUACGAAAUAUUGAAAUUUCCCUAUUUCAGAUGACAUAUUUUGUUAAAAAUUUACAUAUUUAAAUAUGUAUUUUUGCACAGGCAUUCUUUUAUAUCCAUGUUUGGUACAAUUGAUCAUAUGUAUUUAUUUACUAAAAAUUAGUAAGUUAAAUUACUUUUACUGAGUGGUUCACUGCCAGUAAUGCAAUAUACCUACUUAAAAAAACUGAUGGGCUGUCUCAGGUCCUUUAAAAGUGAAGCGUUGUCUUCGAGGUGCAACCAAUGAAAAAUGAACAUGUUAAAUGGGGGAUGUCCCUGCAGCAUGCCUGCGGUUGAUUGGUCCUUUUAGACCAAAAAAGCAAAGCCACGUCAAAGCAAAGAAUGUCAGAGCUGACCCAGUCACUGGAUUUUCUGGCCUGGCCCAAGUAUACCAUUCAUACUGCUGGUCUGUUAACAUUUCAUAAGCUCAACACUUGACUUUUAAAGUUGUAGGGAGCAGGGAAAUUCCUAAAAUGAACAAUAAGUCAUCUGCAGUACAGCUGUUCACAUCGUGGUUGCCAAACCUUUGUGUUAUAACACUGCUUUUUUUUAGGGUUUUUAUUUUUGCUGCUUCUACAAUAAUUGAAAAAAGAAAGUGCCUAACAAUACUUUCACACUGACUGUUUAAGUAUAGCUUCUGUCUUCUUCUUCUGGGAGCUCGCUUUCUCACAUCUGUUUCUGGGUCUUUACUGUAGAAUUAAACACAGUGUUAGCCAGUUUCAGUGACUCCAGCAUAGAGGACCUGCUCUUGAAAACCUGAAGUGAAUUUUUACUUUUUUUAUCUUAUAUUUUAUUUUAUUGUGGGUCCUGGUCGAUCAGUCAAAUUAACUACUGUUGUAUUGUAACUCAGCCCCCACAAGCCCACACCCCUCCCCCAAAAAUGAAAAUGUGUUAUGUACUGAACCUGUGUGUUCGUGCAUUGAACAACAGCCCACAGUGGAAAGACUCAUUUACCUUUAACAAUCUUGAAAAUUCUGCCAGUGUUUCAGUGAUAGAACUACACAGAGACUUAAUUUAGCACUAUGAACAUGUAAUGUGAAUUUAUGACAGAAAGCAGCUCGUAAGGGAAUUGUUCUAAAUGCAAAACCCAGCUUAUAAUUGUGUAUAGUUGAUUUUUGUAUACAUAAUCAAAUGCAUUGGAUCAGCUGGACUUGUGUUGGCUGCUACUUAAUUCAUGAACAAAUGUCAUAGGAUAGAGAUUUUAAAAUAUUUAAAAUGAGAUUGUAUAGUCUAUUUGUUUUGUAUCAGGUUUCUGUAAAUAAUAAUACAAUUAUUUAUACUGUUAUUUAUACAUUAAAAAAAAAAAAAAAAAAACAGCUUGGUUUACUUUUUCUGAAAUUGUGGCCAAAACGUUGGGGCACAUUAUUCACAUGGGAACUUUGUAUCCUAAAUAACUAAUUUAGAAUAACAUUAGAAUAAAAAUAUUAAGAUUUUAAAAAAUGACAUCCAGAAAUUCAUAUGAGAUAUGAGACAUUAAAUUUACACAUUCUUAACCUUUAAGGAUCUUUGUUGAGCUUUCACCCUGGAGGGAUGGUAUGCAUGCUGGCUUUUGAUUCCAUAAUUAUCUGCCAAUUCACUCAUACAUUUGAUCACAGUAAAGUGUUCAUAUACUAUAGGGAGAGAAGUACAGUAUACCCUUCAACUGUCAUUUAUGAGCUUAUAAAGAACUUCAGAUAAAAUGCCAGAUCAAGUAAAUGAUUGUGCUAAUCCUGAAAAUCUUUAUAAUCGCGGUGGGGUGAAUCGCAUAGGUGCCUGCACCUUCUCACCUCUUCAGCCAGUCUCUCUUCAAAUGUCCACUCCAUGUCCAUUUUAUGUAUUCCGCAUCACCGCGUGUUUCCGGUGCCACAUGAAAUGCAUGUUGAUGUGAAACAGUUUCAUACCGAGCCAUGAUUUGUGUGACACAGGUACGCGUACGCUAGGCACGCGCGGUCACAAAAAUUGAGCUUCGCGCGGACAUGCCAAGGCGGACGUACACUGAGGUCCGCUAUUUCGUCAUUUUGACCGCGCGGACCCCAGCAGAGUCCGGUCCGUGUAUGCUACGUCUGGACCAUGAAUUGGCCUUUAGCCUACUUGAGCACCUGCCUGUGUGCAGCAGUCACUGGGUCCCUGUAUGCAAAGAAAUGCACGCUUAUGAAGAUCGUCUUGGUGUCGUUUACCUGAAAGGGGAAUCGGUGGAGCUAGCAUAACAUUCGGAAAAGCAAAAUGG